ACUCUAGACACAAACUCAGCCCACAACGAACUCCAGAUUUCCUCUGAUCUCAGGACGGUGACAUGGAGCGGUGUCUCCCAGGGUCGCCCCCAUCACCCACAAAGGUUUGAAGUCUAUCAACAAGCUCUGUGCUCCGAGAGCUUCUCGUCGGGUCAGCACUACUGGGAGGUGGACGUGGGGAGCAGUGCGUGGUUGUGUCGGAUUGCAGUCGCAUACGGGACAAUCCCACAGAGAGGAAGUGGUCCUGAGUACCUCCUGGGAGGGAGUGAUGUCUCCUGGAGUCUACAGAAAUAUAACAACAGCUUAUCAGUGUGGCAUGGCGGGGUAGAGACCUUACUGUCAGUGCCAGAGCCUCCACAGAGAGUCGGGGUUCAUUUGGAUUGGGACGUGGGACUCUUGUCGUUUUACAGCAUCGACUCCAUGGUGCUGUUACACUCAUUUUACCAAACCUUCACUCAACCCCUGUAUCCUGGGCUGUACCUGUGGGGUAAAGUUGGUGACUCAGUGACGAUUGUGGAUCUGAGUCGUGAAUCCUGAGAAAGAUGAAUGUGAACACUGUAGAGAUCUGAUACAACACACGACAAUCACACCAUAAUCACUGUUACACGCAGUGCUACAUCUGUAACUAGUUGGUGGGCACAGUGGUUUGGAGUGCAUUGCUUCGAUUAGAACGUUGGUGCGUGUAAUUCCUCACAACCUUUUAGGGGUGAUAAAAUAACUACCACUGUGGGUGUGAAGCCAACAUCAAUGUAUUCACCCUGCUAGUGGAUUGUGUUUAUACUGUCGGGGUGCAAUGUUGAGCAAUCGUUAAAUGGAAUGUGUUUAUAUAGUAGCGGUGUAAUGGAUAGGGGUACAAUGAUUCUGUACUCUAUAAAAUCAAUUUACUGUCUUUAUUCCUGGUGGUGAAUGCAACAGCAUCUAGUGUGUUGUAUAUGUAGGUUAUGAAAAUUUUGAUGAAAAUAAUACAAAUUAAAUUAAAUUUGAAAUUUACAUAAUUAUCCGAAAUGUUAUUUGAUGUAAUUAUGCGCAUAAAUUAUGCUAA